AUGGCUACCGCCACAACAUUAUUAGCACGCAACGCGGCACCAUCCAGGCGAGUUCUCGUCAAUCGUAUGAGGGAACCGAUGGUCGUGUCAUUGGCGUCCGCCGGUCCGGCGUCUGGGGCACGGCGGGACGGAUCUCUUCCGACUCCUGAGGAGACGGACUUAUCCAUCUUCUUCGAGCACGCCGAUCCAAAUGCCCGUAUCGUUGGAGGGACCGAAGCUGCUCCAGGGAGCCACCCCCACAUGGUUUUUCUGACCAGCGGACGAAUCAGGAGUUUCAUCUGUGGAGGAUCGCUGGUGUCGACACGCACCGUACUCACAGCUGGACAUUGUGUGGCCGGUGUAUAUGCGGGCGGAAUUUUGCACGUCAACCUCCGCGUCACCGUCGGUACGAACGAGUGGAACUCUGGCGGUACCGAAUACACCGUGGCCAGGAAUAUAACACACCCUGACUUUAGCCUCAUCUACUUGAAAAACGACAUCGGUCUUCUCAUAACAGACGAGGAAGUAAAAUUAUCGGAUGUAGUCCGCCCCAUCAAAUUGAGCUAUGAUUUCGUGUCUAGUGGAGUUGCCGUUAGAGUUGCUGGAUGGGGUAGAAUUGGGCAUCGCGAGCCGCUCUCCGAAAAGCUUUUGGUGAUCGACGUGAGAACAAUUGACGGUGAAGCCUGUGUCAGGGCUGCGGCCCAGGCGGCCAUAGACUUCAACACGUGGGCUCCCCACGUGGACCCAGCCAUUGAACUAUGCACCUUCCACGCUAAAGGAACUGGUGCUUGUGGUGGUGACAGUGGUGGUGCAUUGACUCGUAUCGACAACGGUCUUCAAGUGGGCAUGGUAUCCUGGGGCUUUUCUUGUGCACGAGGUGCUCCGGAUAUGUUCGUCAGAAUUAGCGCUUUCCGCUCCUGGUUAGAGGAGAAUAUAGUAAUUCGAAUGUUAAUGAAUAGUCUGAUUCGGGCGACGGGAGAAAUGAACGUAAAAUACGGAAUACUUUUUGUGGCGCUCUUUGCAGCUGCCUGGGCCCUCCCCAAGCCUGAAGAUGACAUGUCCAUCUUCUAUGAGCAUGUGGACCGGAACGCACGUAUUGUGGGGGGUAGCCAGGCAGCUCAGGGCAGCCACCCCCACAUGGUAGCGAUGACUAAUGGUGUCUUCAUUAGGAGCUUUGUCUGCGGAGGCUCAGUGCUCACCCCACGCACGGUGCUCACCGCUGCUCAUUGCAUUGCCGCUGUAUUCAUAUUUGGAAGUCUCUCUGGAAAUCUUCGUCUGACAGUCGGUACAAACCAAUGGAACUCUGGUGGUACCCUCCACGCUGUCUCCAGAAACAUAACCCACCCUAACUACGUGUCCAAUACUAUCAAGAACGACUUGGGUAUUCUCAUAACAUCCUCGAACAUCGUCUUCAACGACCGCGUCAGGCCUAUCUCUUUGAGUUUUGACUACGUACCUGGAGGCGUCCCUGUCAGGGUUGCUGGAUGGGGAAGAGUUAGGGCUAACGGUGCUCUCUCCACGAAUCUUCUGGAGAUCAAUGUGAGAACCAUUGAUGGUCAGACUUGCGUGAGGACUGCGGCCCAGGCGGCCAUUGACCUUAACAUGAGGGCUCCUCCUGUCGAACCUCACAUCGAGCUCUGCACAUUCCACGCAGAAGGAACUGGUACUUGCAAUGGUGACAGUGGCAGCGCAUUGGCUCGGACCGACAGCGGUCUCCAAGUCGGCAUCGUGUCGUGGGGCUUCCCUUGCGCGCUGGGAGCUCCUGACAUGUUCGUCAGAGUCAGCGCCUUCCGGUCCUGGCUGCAACAAAACAUAGCUAAUUAA